AAUAACUGAAGCUUUUGCUCAUCCCAACAUUUCUAACUUCUAACUUCACUAUCACUGUACAACACUUCUUUUACUCUUUAUUUGACUAGUCUGUCUCUAAACUUCACACUACACUACUACAGUCUACAGUACUACAGUUCUACUACUAUUACUAUAAUACCCACUACUUUCUUUUUCUCCCACUUUACCAUUUUCUGCUAAUCCCAACUUCUCCUACUUUUUCUUUCUCUCUCCUUUUGUUUUUGUUUUUGGUUUGUUGGGCCAUCUUUUUUAUUCUCUCAUAAAAAUUCCCUCUUUUUUUCUUUCUCUUUCUAUUAAUGUGUGAGAAUUGAAGGGUUUCUCAUUCUUUCUAGUUGAGAGAUAAUAAUUUCUCAAUUAAUGCUAUAUUCUUCACAUCUUUAGCAAGGUUUGGUUUUGCCGACGCUUGUCUUUUUCUAAACAUUAAAUCCCAUUUUUGCAAACAAAAAAAAUCUUACUCAGAAACAUAACACAUUUUUUCUGGGUUUCUCAACAUUCUUUUUUGGUUGCUCUGCUUCUCCUCAAGAUGCUAUAUCAAUCAUAGAAGCACUUCUUAUUGAGACAGAAUCACAACACGAUUUCAUGGUUUCAUCUCGGAGUCACUAGCUUCGGCAGAAAACUUCACCAUGAAGCUUCAAUCCUUCUUACUAGAUAUAUCUAUCUUUCUUUAUUUAGUUGCUAUCCUUCCCCUCAUUUGUGCCGAUUUGAACUCAGACAGGCAAGCACUUCUUAACUUUGCUGCUAAUGUUCCACAUGGACGAAAGCUCAACUGGAAUGUUGCCUCUGAAAUUUGCACCACUUGGGCUGGUGUCACGUGCAAUACUGAAAGAACCCGUGUUAUUGCUCUCCAUCUCCCAGGAAUCGGGCUCGUUGGCUCAAUACCGUCUGGUACCAUUGGGAAACUAGACGCACUUGAAGUUCUAAGUCUACGAUCAAACAGCCUCAAUGGGGAACUUCCUGCUGACAUUCCUUGUUUAUCAUCUCUUCAUUCCUUAUUCCUUCAAUCUAAUAACUUCUCAGGGAGCAUUCCUAAAUCUCUUUCUCGUGGACUUAUGGUGUUGGAUUUAAGUUUUAACUCCUUUACUGGAAAUAUUCCAUCAACUAUUAACAACUUGACAAGGCUUAUUGUGUUAAAUCUCCAAGAUAAUAUGCUUUCUGGGUCUAUCCCUGAUCUUAAUCCCCCAAGGCUGAAGCUAUUAAAUGUAAGCGACAACAUGUUAAAUGGUGAAAUCCCAGAUUCACUACAGAAGUUCCCAAGCUCAUCAUUUUUGGGAAAUCCCUUAUGUGGACCACCUCUAGAAGAUUGCUCCUUGAAUGGGCCAUCAUUGGCUCCAACUCUUCCGAUUGUAAGCAAAGAUGGCAAUAGGACAAAGUUCAGUAUAGGGGCCAUCAUUGCUAUUGUAAUAGGCGGCUCUGCUGUGCUGCUUCUUGCAGUAGUAAUAAUUUUACUAUGCUGUCUGAAGAGAAGACGUACAGGAGGUAGUGAUUCUGACAAGGGAAAAGAAGCUAAUGUCAAGAAGAGCAAAAACCAGUUGCCAAAGGAAGACUUUGGGAGUGGUGUGCAGACAGCUGAAAAGAACAAAUUGGUCUUCUUUGGAGGUUGCUCCUAUAAUUUUGAUCUUGAGGACUUACUUAGGGCUUCGGCAGAAGUUCUUGGGAAAGGGAGCUAUGGAACAGCAUAUAAAGCUAUUUUGGACGAGGGAAUUGUUGUGGUGGUAAAACGGCUCAAGGAGGUGGGGAUUGGCAAGCGGGAAUUCGAGCAGCAAAUGGAGAUGGUUAGCAAGGUUGGUCAACAUCCAAACCUCGUGCCUCUUCGGGCAUACUAUUUUUCCAAGGAUGAAAAACUACUGGUCUAUGACUUCAUACCUGGCGGCAGCUUAAGUGCAGUCUUGCAUGGCCAUGGAUACAAUGGGAAGACUCCCUUGGACUGGAAUUCUAGAAUUGCAAUUGCACUAGGGGCCGCACGAGGAAUACUUCACAUCCAUUCUGAGGCCGGUGGAAAAUUCAUCCAUGGAAACAUAAAGUCCUCUAAUGUUCUCCUUUCACAAGAUUAUGAAGGUUGCAUCUCUGAUUUCGGUUUGCCUCUAUUGAUGAACUUCCAAGGCAUCACCUCGAGGAGCAUAGGGUACCAUGCUCCAGAAGUGAUCGAAGUAAGAAAAGCUAGUCAAAAAUCUGAUGUGUACAGUUUUGGGGUACUACUCCUGGAGAUCUUAACAGGAAAAGCUCCUCUGAAAACUAGCCAUGGACACAACGAUGUGAUUGAUCUCCCAAGAUGGGUGCAGUCCGUGGUCAGAGAAGAAUGGACUUCUGAGGUAUUCGAUGCUGAGUUACUUAGGUGUCCAAAUGCGGAAGAGGAAAUGGUGCACAUGUUACAGAUAGCACUGGCUUGUGUAGCUAGAGUGCCUGAUAUGAGGCCUAAAAUGGAUGAUGUUGUUAGAAUGAUAGAAGAAAUCAGGCCGUCUGAGUCAGAAGAGAGGCCGUCAUCUGACGAGAACAAAUCUAAGGACUCGAACGCUGGUACCCCUACCCCCUGAUUUUUCAGUACAAAUCUGGGAUUGCUGAAGAAAUUGAUAAUUGAUUUUCUGAUGUAGUAUCAUAAGGUGAUGAUUAUUCCUAAUUUAUGCAAUCUUUCUAGGCUUUGUGCAGCUGUUUGUUGAGCAGUAAAGGGUCUAGAUUGGAGUGAUGUCAAAUUACAAUUAUGUAAAAAAAAAAAAAGUUUGAUUACAAGCAAUGCAUGACUUGUGCUUUAGCCUUUUCAA